CCCCCCCCGGACGUCGCGAUGGAGCACGUGCUAGCGGACGCGCUGCUCGCGCGGUGCCGGGACCCGUGCGAGCUGCUGCGGGAGCUGGGGGCCGGCGCGGGCGGGAGCGCGGAGACUCUGGAGGCGCUGGGCUUCCUGCUGGGGCGCCUCCAACCGCCGUCGCGGGGGGAGGGGGACGGGGAGGCGCUGGCGCGGGCGGCGACCGAGGUGGCGCUGGGCCGCUGCCUGCCCCUGCUCCGCGCGUCGGGCGGGGACGCGGAGGAGGCGGCGCGGCGGCGGCGGGCGGCUGCCGGGGCGCUGCGGCAGUGCGUGCGGCUGGGCGGCGGGGCGCUGGCGGCGCGGCUGGCCCGCGAGGCGCUGGGCGAGCUGGCUGUGGGGGCCCCGGCGGCGGAGGCGUUGGCGGCGGCGGCGCCCGCGCUGGCGGCGGAGCCGGCGCUGCAGGAGCAGGCGGCGGCGGCGGCGCUGGCUCUGCUGCGGGGCAGCGAGGAGCAGGCGGCGGCGGCGGGCGGGCUGCUGCGGGCGCUGGGCGCGGGCGGCGCGGCGCUGCAGCGGCUGUGGGCCGGGCUGCUGCCGCCGGCGGGGGUGGGCCCGGCGGCCGGGCCGCGGACGCUGCUGGCGUUAUGCGCGUUGGCCGACGCGCUCUUCCCCGCCGCAGGGCCCGGGCAGGCAGUGGAGCCGCGCCUCAGCGCGGGGUUCUGGCGGGCGCUGCAGGGUGGCCUGGCCGGCAGCGACGGGCUGGGUCGUAAGCGGGCCCGCUACCUCCUGCGCCGCGCCGUAGAAGCGUCCGAGCGGCGUCGCCAGCACUGCCCCGGGCCCCCCGCUGCGGCGGACGAACCAAGUCUUUUCUGGUGGUCUGCUGAAGAGAAUGAAAAACUUGUGCAAUUUUGGGAAAAUUUUAUUUUAAUAAUGGAAACCUUAGAAGGAAAUCAGAUCCAUGUUAUAAAGCCAGUCUUGCCAAAGUUAAACCGUUUAUAUGAAUUGUCAGUAUCGGGAAAAAAAGGCUGUUGGUUGUUUCACCCUUCAUGGCAUAUGUGUAUUUAUAAAAGAAUGUUUGAGAGUGAAAACAAAACAAUAACAAAGGAAGGAGUCAUUCACUUUUUGGAUCUUCAUGAGGCAAAGUGCAUUCCAGAUUCACCAGGGUUUUCAGAGUUUAUUAUCGGGCCAUUAAUGGAUGCACUUUCAGAAAGCUCUCUCUAUAGCAGAUCACCAGGGCAAUUGAUAGGAGCCUGUCCUCCCAUAGGAAUAAAAUUUCAGAAGUUUUUGGUUGUGUACCUCACACUCCUUCCAGAAGAAGAAAAAAGCAGUUUUCUGUUAAAAUUUAUUCAGAAGAUGACAAGCAGACAUUGGUGUGCUGUUCCCAUUUUGUUCCUAUCUAUGGCACUGGCAUGUAUCCCAGCAUGUAAAGCAUUGGGAACGGAAGGACUUCAUGCACUAAGAGAUGUCCUGCAGUGUACUAUGAUUACACAUCAAAUUCUCUUACGGGGAGCUGCUCAGUGCUAUCUUCUUCAAACAGCUAUGAAUUUAGUAGAUGUGGAGAAAGUGUCACUUCCAGAAGUUUCAAGUUACCUUGCAUCUCUUAGACCAGAGGAAUCCUUAAGGAGGGGAACGAUACUGUGGGUGGAGCUUUGCAGUUGGCUGUGCACUAAUGACGGCCACUUCAGAAAGUCCAUAAAAUGUGAUCUUGAGCAUCAAGAGAGAUCAUCAUUAAGUACAUAUGUACUUACUCUUGUUGAAGAUUACCUCAAGACACCACCAUCUGGAAGGGAAAGUUGCUUUAUGCCUGACUGGUUUGAAGCUAAGCUUGUUGCUACAAUGAUUCUGCUGGCUGCAGAUGUAGAGGAAAUGAAGAAUAAACACAGUGAAAAAAUCAACACAAAAUGGAUUGAAUUGAAGGCUUUCUUGUACCCUCUUCUGGAUGUUUUGCUGAAACUUGGCACUAAUGUUUAUAUACCAACACUGAAAGCUGAUAAAAGCCUACAAUUGCUGUUGAAGUUAUUACAGACCUGUUCGUUAAAAUGUUCUAAUCCACAAGAUGAUGGGGUAUUAACUUUUCUCUGGAAGUGUGUUGAGACUUCUGUAGACAGUGUUUUGGAUUUUGUUCUCCGAAGGCUUACUACAGGUGAUUUAAACUCUGUUUCAGAUUUGGAUCGUUGUAAUUUAUACUUGGCUUUAGUAUCAGAGCUGGUAAAUUUAUCAUCGAAUAUUGGUUGGAAAAAGGGACCAUCCAUCUGGAAUUUCACCUCUUCUUUGACAAAUGCCUCUAUUCAUAGUCUGCAGGAGGCAAGCAGUGAACAGGAACCAAAACUUGAAGAACAGAUUCAGAAGGUAGUUAGUAUGGCAUCACUAACUGUGGUGUGUGAGAUUAUUGAUCAGAAACCUGAACUGCAACUUGAAUCUCUGCAACCUGUUGAGACCCUAAAAAGAUUUAUUUCUUCUGCUCAACUUAAUCAAGUAUUAAAGAAGCCAUCUUCUAUUGAAGAAAAAAGUAGUUUAUUUGAAGAAUCAACUUCUUGUCAAGGAUGGGGGAAAACAGUUGCCUGCUACAUACAUGAUCAGUGGGUUUGCCUUCAUUUUCUUUUAAAAAAGUAUCAGAACCAUAUACCACAAUCAGAAGAUGAGACUUUGGAAUUAUCUUUGCCUGCAGUUCAGAGACCAAGAAGAACUUUCCAGUCUGCUUUGGAAGCUCUAACUGUUCUUCCUUCUGAGCAGGUUUUACCUGUGUUUCAUUGCAUGAAAGUACUUAUUCCCAAGCUUCUGGUUUCAUCUGAGACUCUCUGCAUUGAGGCAUUUGAUCUGGGUUGGAAAAUUAUAUCCUCUCUGAGCAACACACAGCUAAUAUUUUGGUCUAAUUUAAAAGCCUUUGUUCAAGUUGUUUUUGAUACUGAGGUUCUUGCUGUUGCAGCAAGUAGCAAAGGUCAAGCAUAUGCAAAAAUAAGAGAGAUGAUAAGCAGACUAGUUGAAAUGUCCACUACAAGGACGGGAGUCUUUAAUACAGUACUUAGCUAUUGCUGUCAGUCUUGGGUACUUUCUACUUCUGAUGACACACACAUUUCAGAGAAUCCCUUCUUGAAUGCUGGAGAAUACAGUGAACUUCUUAUGGAGGCUUGUAUCUUUGGAACUGUAUUCCGGCGAGAUCAAAGACUUAUUCAGGAUGUACAUGCCUUUGUAGAAAAUCUUGGAGAUAAAUGUGCAGCAAAUGUUGUCACAGAAAGUACAAACCGAGAUGAGCAUUAUGUGCGAAUUUGUGUCAUCAAAUUCCUGUGCUUGUUGGAUGAAUCAAAUAACUUGCACAAGAUGUUUGUAGAAGACAUUGUCACCAAACUCCUUGAUAAAGAUGAACUGGUAUCCAAAACUAGGACACGUUAUUAUGCAAACUCUUUACAGCACAGAGUUAAAAACCGGUUGUGGCAGACACUGUUGGUUCUUUUACCAAAGCUAGAUCAGAAUUUUUUGACUGAGACUCUUGACAAGAUUCUUCAAGCUGGAUUUGAGAACAAUCAAGCAUCUGUAAAAUACUUGAUAGAAUGGAUUAUCAUCUUGAUUCUACACAAAUACCCUCAGUUCCUUUCAAAAUUCUGGGAUUGUUUUUGCUAUGAUGAAGAAAAGCUUAAAACUAGCAUCUGUACAUUUUUAUCAGUGUUGUCGCACUUCGAUAUUAUUCUUCAAAAUACCUUGGAGAAGAAACCAGUUCUGAAAAAGGCCCUUAUUGUUGUUCUACAGUGGUGUUUCAACCACAAUUUCAGUGUUCGGCUUUAUGCAUUAAUAGCUCUUAAGAAGAUCUGGGGCAUGUGCAAAACACUGCAUGUAGAAGAAUUUGAGGUAUUAACACCAGUAAUUGAAUCUAGUCUCCAUCAAGUGGAAAACAUGCAUGGCACAGGGAAUGCUAAAAGGAAUUGGCAACGAAUCCAAGAACAUUUCUUUUUUGCAACAUUUCAUCCACUUAAGGAUUAUAGUCUAGAGACGAUAUUUUACACCCUUCCACGCCUUUCAGAACUUGUUGAAGAUGAAUGGAUCUCACUUUGUAAAUUUACCAGAUUCACUAGCAUUCCUUUGCCAUCAACAUAUCAGUGGUAUCAUUCUCGAGCUGAACUUCUUGACCUAAAGCCAAGUGACUGGUCUCAGCAAGACAAGGGUUCAAAUUCAGUUGAAAUGGAUAACCAAACAGAAUGGACUGAUGUUCAGAAAAAGAUUAUCCCUUGGAAAAAUAGCAUUCCUGAUUUAGACCUGGAACUGGUAUUUCAGGACCGUGCUGCUAAACUUGGUAAAUCAAACAGUAGACUGAUUGUAGUGGCUUCACUUAUUGAUAAACCCACAAAUUUAGGAGGCUUGUGUCGUACAAGUGAAAUAUUUGGGGCAUCUGCUCUAGUUGUUGGCAGCCUUCGUUAUAUACAUGAUAAACAGUUUCAGCAGCUCAGUGUUUCUGCGGAACAGUGGCUUCCCCUUCUUGAGGUGAAACCAUCUCAGCUUGUAGAGUAUUUACAGCAGAAAAAGAUGGAAGGCUACACUAUCAUAGGGGUGGAGCAGACAGCCAAAAGUUCUGACCUGACAGAAUAUUGCUUUCCAGAGAAAUCCUUGUUAUUGCUGGGAAAUGAACAUGAAGGAAUCCCAGUAAACCUGAUUCAGCUUCUGGAUGUGUGUGUGGAAAUUCCUCAACGGGGUAUCAUUCGCUCACUCAAUGUUCAUGUAAGUGGAGCUCUGCUGAUUUGGGAAUAUACAAGACAACAAAUGAUCAAGCAGAAACAACUGAAAUAGCUGGAAGAGUCUUGUGCCUUACAGUGCAGCUGGAUGGAUGGCUCUUAUGGUGCUAUAAAAUAUUUUUAAAUACAUGGAAUAAUUAAGCUCAGGGUGAAUGAGUGUGUUUUUAAAUUACGCAUGUCUUACUAUUUUCCUGUAUUGUGCGAACACUGUUUUUUAAAUGCCUUAACAUAUGAUCUGAUUGUAUACUCCUGUUUUAUUGGUAAUAAAUAUUCUUAUUUGUA